AUCUGUUCCUUGUUGUCUGUAUUAGCUUCAACACCCUCCACAUGGCCAUGGAUACCUGAGCCCCCUCUCCUCUGACCACUUUCCGCCAUUGACGCUACCUCCAUCAAUCCAAUGCCACUUUGAGAUUCGAUUCUUCUGAAACCUCCCAUUCUCCAACAAAUCUCUCACCCCCACACUCAACACACUUUCACCCGUGCCAUGGUGGCACACUCACCGUCCUCCGUCACACAUAACGCAUGGCCUCUCUCACCCCCGGCGUUCUCUCCAAGCUCCUCCAAACCCUAGACAACCCCACCGCCAAAGUCGCCGGCGACCACCGCUCUCCUCUCCUUCAAGUCAUCGGAAUCGUACCACGCGACGACGUUUUCGCCAACAACAAACGCUUUUACCUCAAACUAUCGGACUCCCUUCACUCCGCUUACGUCACGGUCCCCGACGCUGACGUGGACUUGAUUUUGAACGAUAAGAUACAUUUAGGUCAGUUCGUGCAUGUCACGCGCUUUGAAUCUGGGUCCCCGGUUCCGAUUGUUCGCGGAAUUAAACCGGUGCCGAGACGGAGAGCGUGUGUUGGUGAACCGGAGGAUUUGAUUUCGAGUGAGGUUUUGGUGAUUAGGGGGACUGGUAGGGUUGAAUUUGGGAAGAAGAAGAAGAAGAAGGAGAGUGAUUGCAGGAGGCUUUCGUUGUCGAAUGUGAAGGUUCGAGAUGAAGUGGAGGGUGGUAGGAGGUUGAGUUUGGAUUUUCCGGCGAGGAAGGGGUGGGACCGGAGUCCGGCACCGGCGGUGAAAAACCGGAGAUCCGGUUUGGAAGGAAAUGGCGGGUCGGGUACGAAAGUUACAGAGCCUUCGUCUCCACUUUGUUCUACUCCGGUUCGUUCGGUUAGGAAGUCUUCAUUAGUGAAAGAUCAUGUUCUAAAACCUCCUAAUUUGAAUCUUGCUCCUCUUAAAACCAAGAAUGUGAUAGUUUCUGAAAAGUCAAUCAACAGCAAACCUAUCAAAAAGGACUUGAAAGCCUCAUUUGACAGCAUUCCUGUACCAACCAACCUUACCAAAUUGCCUAUAAACUCAAGAUCAUCAUCCCCUGAUUCUAAAAUCUCAUGGGAAUUAGUUUCGCCUACAAUUCGUCAACUUGGGAAGGAGGCUAUUUGCCACAGGAAUCUGGGAUUUUCAACUGCGGUACAUGCUUUGAAAGAAUCUUCAGCCAUGGAGAACAUCCUUCAAUGCAUGAGUCGGUUUGCUGAGAUAUGCGAGCUUGCUGAGACCUCUAUAAAACCUCUUGUUGAGCAAUUCUUGAACUUCUAUCUCAGCCUUCAAACGUCAGCUACAGCAGUCAACACCUUAAUUGACUCGAAGUCAACUGCCGAUAAAACAAAAGGUCAACCUAGUAGAAAUAGUGCAUUAUGGGUGCAAGCUGCUUUAGAAACAAAUCUCGGAAAAUUCACUUUGCUUACAAUGGAUGACAACAGAAAGAUUCAAGAUAGUGAGGGAAAUUACCAUAUUGUCCUUGAAAACGCUUCAGAUAAAAUACAAGUGGAAAAUCGGUCACCUGGAACCAAAAAAAUCCCAAGAACGCAAGAACCGGCUUUUUCAAGAGUGAGGCGUGGGAGUCCGAGUCCCAGUCCCACUGCGAAAAACAAAAGUCCCGAAAGGGUAAAAUGGUCCAAAGGAAGCGGUUUAACGCAAACUGCUAAAUUGGCUGAACAACUGCUUUUAGUAUCGCGGAAAUGGUUUUUGAAUUACUUGGAGGAAUCUUUGAACAACGGGUUUUGGUUAACAAAAGGAGAAGAUUCGGGUGCUGGUGUUGGUCUUUUGGGUCAGCUUAAACGGGUUAACCAGUGGCUCGAUGAUUCAGUUCAGGGAGAUGAAAAUGUGGAAAGUUUAAGGAAAAAGAUAUAUGAGUUUUUGCUUGAUCAUGUUCAGAAAGCAGCAAGGUAGUUUAGGUCAAGAUACAGACAGAUGAUUACUGACUAAAGAUUUGAAACUGUAGAUGUGGGGGCAGAUAUGUCAUUUUACAUCAUCAAGAAAUUUGUUAGGGUUUUAAGAAGUGUGUUUUCUAACCAAAGCUAAUGGAAUGAUAGGUAGGUGAGAGACUAAUGAUUGGUAGUUUUUGAUUACAAGAGCAAAAUGUAUGAUGCUCAUUUAACCAAUAGAAUGGUGAAAAUUUGAAGAAAGUUGUUGCAUUUAGUUUGUUU